AUGGAAGGCAUGAGCUUAGAGAAGCGCGGCAAGAUGAUGAAAGAGCAAGCCAUACCACUCUGUCAGGUCAUCACCCAUCCGCACGUGCUUGCAUCCCCUUUGCUCGACGUUCAUGUGGGGACAAUCUACAACUUCAUUUACGGGGUUCAAGGCCAGCGUGCAGUGCAAUUCUUCAAAUCUCUCGUUGCCACUCUCACAGAGCACAACCAAUUCGACGUUUUGCCCUCGGAAAUAGAGGCGGUCGUCAAAGCUUUCUCGAAAAUCAUUGACUGCAACACUCACGCCAUAGUUAACGACGAACUCAGACCGCUUGCGGAUUCCCUUUUCGACAUCGUGGCCCAGAUCGACGAAAGCGAAGCUCACGAGUCGAGAAAACUUGUGAACCGCAUUAAUCAGCGAUUAGGGAUCGGUCGAGAGCUGACAGGUUGGAAGCCUCCAAAGACAGCUGCACCUCCGCGGGCCAUUUUCACGCUUCAGCAAGAUUUGCCUGGUGAACUAUCCAACAAGGGACCGCGGCAUGACAAUGACCACGUGAAUGCUUAUGACAUACAGAUCAUGCCCACAUUCGAGGAAAUCAGUGCAACACGCGCCGAGUAUCUGCCUUCCAUGAGCCAGCAGGCCUGGCAUCUCCCUGGAGUAUCAGGACUCCUUGACCGACACUUUCGUCUCCUUCGAGAAGAUACCGUUGGACAGCUUAGGGAUGCUGUAAGGGAAGAAGUGCAAGCUUCUCAUUGCCUUGAAAAUAGGGGCAAACAUCAAGGUCCACGGAAAUUGACAUACGACAACGCUCAGGUUGUGAAAUUCGAUUUCAAUAAAUGGCAAGGCCUGCUGAUCACGAUCGGUUUCGAUCAACCUCACCAUCUUCGGCAACGUUCAGCCAAACAGAGGAAGGAGUGGUGGGAAUUCCAGAAACGCCUCCGCAUAGGUUCCCUCCUUUGCCUCCUUUCCAAUGGUGCAUUGAUAUUCUGUUCGGUCGUUGAAUGCAAACCAACCAAACCCUCAGUCACAACAAACUUCUCAUCAAGUUCAGACGAUGAGCCAAUCCAAAAACAACCUGAACGGCCUCUGGAUCUGUUCUCAGAUCCUGUUCGAGCCUUUACGACCGUCUCGCUCGUCAGUGACGCCACAGAGGGCGUUCUCGGUCUCAUGAAAGCUUCUGCUUCCGCACCUGCCAAGAUAGUUGAGUUUCCUGGUGUGCUGUUGCCCUCAUUCGAACCCACCUUGCGUGCUUUGCAGACAAUGCUUCGAAGUCCUGAGAUGCCCUUUUCAGACUACCUAGCGCCUGAACCUCAAACAGAUCUGUCGAUGAUCGAGGCUCCCUACUAUGCCACAAGACCCAAUUUUGAGUUCGACCUCAGCUGUAUCAUGAAAGAAAACCUCCCAAUGAGGAUUUCCAUCAAUGAUAAGACCAAUCAUGAGGCAUUCCGUGAGAACUCAAUUCUGGACAGAGCUCAGGCCGACGCACUUCUCACGUCCCUCAACCGCGCUCUAGCUCUAAUUCAAGGACCCCCAGGGACAGGUAAGAGUUUCACCGGGGUGGCACUCAUCAAAGUACUGUUGGCAGUACAGGCACGGGCUAAACUCGGUCCGAUCCUGUGCGUUUGUUACACCAAUCAUGCACUUGACCAACUUCUGGAAGACUUGGUGCGACAUGGCAUUGAUCAGAUCGUUCGCAUUGGAUCCCAAUCAAAGUCCGAGAUGCUGCAAGAUUGCAACCUCCGUCUCCUCGCCAACAAUGUUGAGUUGACCAAAACUGAGAAACGUCAACACUGGGUUUUGAAGUUGAAACUCGAGGAGGACGAACGGGACAUCUCUAGGGCCAUAAAGAGACUUUCGGUCACAGGGGACGUCGCAGCACUCAAAAGCUAUCUCGAGAUCUAUCAGCCCAAGACUUACCUGGCUCUUUUCAUCGGAGGUCGGGACGACGAUGGUUUUGAGAGAGUUGCCCACCACAAGACAUCUCUGUUAACCGCUUGGCGUAAAGGUGGAUCACAUCAGGGUCCUACCCGCAAACUUCGGCAUCUACUCCAGGAACCAGAUAUCGAGUCUUUGACUCAUACGGAGAGACAGCGGGUUUACCAUCACUGGCUGGCAGAAUCAAAAAAGACAGCCCAAACCGAACUAUUGACUGCGCUAGCAGAAUACAAGGAACACAAAGUACAAUUGGAUCAAGUCCGAGCGGAUGUUGACCUUCGAUGUUUGCAACAGGCCAAGAUCAUUGGUGUGACGACAACGGGUCUGGCGAGAACAUUACCACUGCUUAGAAAGCUCAAUUCCAAAGUCCUCGUCUGCGAAGAAGCGGGAGAAGUGCUUGAGGCGCAUAUACUUACAGCACUCUUGCCUUCCCUAGAGCAUGCAAUCUUGAUCGGCGAUCAUCUUCAACUUCCCCCACACAUCCAGAGCUACGAACUUUCAAGAGAGUGUUCUUCUGGGAAACGUCACUCUUUGGAUAUAUCCCUGUUCGAAAGACUGGUAACGCCUUCAUGCUCGACCCAGACGGCAGUGCCAUUCAGCACUCUAGAGACACAGCGUCGAAUGCACCCCUCAAUUUCUGAACUCAUUCGCAACACGCUAUAUCCACAGUUACGUGACUCUCCGGCGGUUGAGACAUAUCCCCCUAUCACCGGGCUGGCCAGGAGACUGUUCUGGCUUGACCAUGCGCAUCCUGAAGAUGGCGCUACAUCUGAAUCGGAUAGUAUGACUUCCUACUCUAAUACCUUUGAAGUUCAGAUGGUCACUUCAUUGGUGUCUCAUCUUGUCAGACAGGGUAUUUACCACGCAAAUGAUCUAGCUGUUCUCACACCCUACCUUGGCCAGCUUCAGAAAAUCCGCAGAGCACUACAAGGGUUGUUUGAGAUCUCUUUAACCGAAGGCGACAUGCUGGAGUUGGAAAAGGAAGAAGUCGGCAAGGACAACAAUGAGCCUAGUCACAGUGCCUUCCCGACGCUCCAGAAGACUUCUCUCUCGCGGGCACUCAAAGUGUCUACCAUUGACAACUUCCAGGGAGAAGAGGCGAAAGUCGUUAUCAUUUCCUUGGUGAGAAGCAAUGACCAGAACAAGUGUGGAUUCCUUCGGGCUUCGAAUCGGAUCAACGUCCUUCUAUCCCGCGCCAAACACGGAAUGUACAUCAUCGGCAACUCUCGAACCUCUGUUCACGUCCCCAUGUGGGCUUCUGUAGUUGAAAUGCUUCAAUCCGGCGAUAACUUUGGCGAAUCGCUUCAGCUUCAAUGUCCUCGUCAUCCACAAGCCACAAUGUCCGUCUCUAAACCAGACGACUUUGCCAUCUUCUCGCCUGAAGGAGGGACCGGGUUGUUCGCGUUGUCCCUGGCUGUGACCAUCGGGCUGAACUUCCAUGCUGCGUCAACGUCGAAAGCAACAAGUUUAGCUGCAAAGCUACUUGUGGAACGGCUCUUCCAUGCGGCCAUGCCUGCUCACGUCCUUGCGAUGUGUGUAAGAAAAGAGAAGAUGGCAAAAUCAUCCAAGAAAACCAUCGGAUUUGCCAACAGGCUUGCGGCCGUGCCUUCAAAUCGUGCAGACACUUGUGUAAGGAAAAAUGUCACGGGGAUAGUCCUUGUCCUCCAUGCCGAGCUCCUUGCGAAGUGUCGUGCCACCACUCAAGAUGCACAAAACGCUGCCAUGAGCCCUGCGUUCCGUGCGCAGAGGGAAAGUGCCCUUCCAGUUGCCCUCACAGCGCUUGCACCCUUCCCUGCGCGGCUCCAUGUGAUUGGAUUCCUUGUUCAAAGCGCUGCACCGAGAUUCUGUCAAAUCUGUGCUCCCGAGGACGUGAAGAAGAUGGUGGUCGAUUUGAUAUUGAUGGAGGAAUACCAUGAGAUCAAUCUUGACGACAGUCCGUGCAUAAUCCCUCCCUGCGGCCACCCCUUGACCGUUCAAAGCAUGGACGGUCAAAUGGAGAUGUCAAAGCAUUAUGCUACUGAUGGGACAAAUAUCCGCAUCACUGACUCGUCCAUUCCGUUUUCAAAAGAUGAGCUCAAGGUAUGCAGCAACUGCCGGGGUUCACUGCGAACGAUAUCAAGGUACGGCCGUAUUGUCCGAAGAGGGCUCAUUGACGACGCGACCAAGAAAUUCAUUUCAGCGGCGAACCGACAAUAUGUGUCACUUUGCGAGUCAGUUUACCAGCAUCAGGCCAAGCUAGCCGAAUCGAUCAAAGACGUCCGUUCUCUGGGGAACGGAAUGAACCUGGAGAAACUCACACUUUCAGGCGGACGAAAGGAGCAAAUCAAGCUGAUCUUCGAGGCAGCCCAUAAUACGCGAUACUCGCUGAUUGCAAAGACCCGCAGUCAGGUUAACAAAUAUCUUCGGCAGGUUGAUGUCGAGGAACAGCCUUUCAAGCGUGUUUGGGAUAUGGUGCAGUUCGCCCGAAGACAAGGGAAAACCGGUAGCGAUGUGGAGUUUGACCAUACCAUUAUACAAACCAGCCAAACUCUACAGGGCGAAUCACUGCUGCUGAGAUGCGAACUUGUCAUCUUGUCAGAUUUCUUGGUUGUCUUUGGGUCCGCCCUGAAAGACGUCAACCUGGAUUCCACCAAAGUUGACUGCCUGAAGCUUCUCGUCGCCUCUCAGGAGGCACGUUACCCAGCCGUAGAGGUUGAAGCUCACACGUUCUACGCCCAGUGCUGUCUGGCGGAACGGACCUACAGCAGUCGACGGGAAAUCAUGACAGCCGUAACCAAUGAAGCCACCGAGCACAUUGAGGCUGCAAAGCAGGUGUGCGCUCGGCACCCAGGGUCGACCAGAACUGUGGUGGGUGAGGUGAAGAAAGUCGAAGAGAUGCUCAAGUCCUCGACAUUCACGACAGUGGUCAGUGACACCGAGUGGAAGAGUGUGAUCAAUGCCAUGGCCAGUGAAUUCCGUGGAUCAGGGCAUUGGUAUACCUGUGCCAACAAUCACCCGUUCACGGUGGGAGAAUGCGGCAUGCCGAUGGAGACGGCGCGUUGUCCUCAAUGUGGCGCUCCCGUGGGCGGGCAGAACCAUACCCCUGCUGAGGGAGUGCGACAUGCAACAGAACUCGAGAAUAGAUUUUCUGACCUGAGACUCUGA